CAUGAUGCUCAUCAAAGGCAGACGGCAGCGACACAAGAAGCGCCUCGAUUGUCCUCUUCGACAGUCGGCCCGAUCAUGUCAACCCUUUGAGCAGCUUUCCUCCAUCAUAGCGGGCGAUCUUUAAGUUGCCUCAAAGGGGUUGACGUCCUCGGGGAGUCCUCACGUCACCACGUUUUUUAGGGGGUAAUUGUCACUUCCGGGGGAGUCACCGCCGCUGGGUGGCUUGAAUUAGCCGUUCACCGGUGAGCAAGCUGGGCUGCAUCGAUGCUUCGUGCGGGCAGAAUGGAGGAGUUUGUCACGGACGAAGAGGAGCCUUGGUACGACCAGCGUGACUUGGAGCAAGGCAGCCCCAGACCAGACCAGUCCAGACCAGACCAGACUUCCGUAGCUCUGCAGUAGCUUGCACAACCUUCUUGCUGUGCUCGUGCCUGAAUUUGCUCCUGGAAUGCUGCUCUUAUGUAACAUUUUGGUGGCCUAGGAGACUUGCACUUGGCAGCGGAGCUGGGCAAAACCCUGCUGGAACGUAACAAGGAGCUGGAGGAUUCCCUUCAGCAGAUGUACAUCAACAAUGAGGAGCAAGUGCACGAGAUAGAGUACCUGUCCAAGCAGCUGGAGAUGUUGCGGGAGAUGAACGAGCAGCACGCAAAGGUUUACGAGCAGCUGGACGUGACCGCCAGGGAGUUGGAGAUCGCCAAUGAGAAGCUGGUGCUGGAGAGCAAGGCCUCGCAGCAAAAGAUUGACAGGUUGACGGGCACCAUGGAGACCUUACAGGGUCAGGUAGACAGUCUGACAGCCCGGCUGGAGGAGCUGCGAACUUUGGAGGAGUUGAGGGUCGUCCGAGAGAAGAAGGAGCGCCGCAAGACGGUCCACUCGUUUCCCUGCCUCAAAGAACUCUGUGCUGCACCAAGGUAUGAGGAUGGUUUCCUGUUGGCCAACCCUGGCAGCGUGGACCUCGCCGAGAGGCAGCCAGCUGAGGAGGAGAAUGAGCGCUUGAGGGACAUCGUGACGUCGCUCCGUUCGGCACUGGCUGCAGAGCGCUCCAAGAGGGAGGGCGCCGAGCGGGAAUGUGCCGGGGUGCUGCACGAGUUCGACAGGCUAGAGCAACGUCUGCUCGGAGCCGAGGGCUGCCAGGUGCGAGUUCGAGAACUGGAGGCGGAGCUCCAAGAGAUGCAGCUGCUGAGGAAGUCCAGGGCGUGUCUGAUGGAGGAGGGCAUCGACACGUUGCUCGGUAAUGGCCCCGAGACAGACACGCCGGAUGAAGCCGUGGUCAUGGACGCGGGAGGUGAAGUCGGUGCCGGUGACCCGGGAGGCCCCGUGAGGAAAAGCUGCAGCGACACGGCCCUGAACGUUAUCAAGGUCCGCGAUCCCCCAGGUAGGCGCCAGGCGGGGCGCAAACGAGGCAUGUCCAUCCUAAGCGAGGUGGACGAGCAGUACCACGCCCUGCUGGAGAAGUACGAGGAGCUCCUGGGAAAGUGCCGGCGCGACGAAGAGAGGCUGUGCCACGCUGAGGUGCAGACGUCACGCCCCGUCUCCAGGGACCCUUCCUUGAAAGAGUACAGCAUGGUCUCUUUUGGGGCGGCGGCCGCAGCGGUCAGCUCCCCUCCCACUCCCACCCAUACCCCGUCCACGCCAGAGGCCUUGGAAGGCAUCAGCAGGCAGGUGGAGCAAGUGGACAAACGUCUGAGCCAGAACACGCCCGAGUACAAAGCUCUCUUCAAGGAAAUCUUUUCCCGCUUGCAGAAGACCAAGAGUGAUGUGAGCGCCGCAAAGGGGAGGAAAAGUGGCAAAUGAGCCGCUGGUGUGCCUGACCUCACAAAGGUCACAGGUGAGUCGGGGCCUGGCUCAGCUGACUUUGGGCGAGCGGCAGAAUAGAUAAUUUUGAGUCCUCAAGGAACCCAACAUGCUUUUUGUGGAAUGUGAGAGAAAGCUGGAGAAAACCUCAACGCAAGGUUCGCCUCUUGCCUGCUGACAGUCGGGAGAGACUCCCGUUCAUCCACAAAACCGAUGUGAACUGCUGUCGAAAAUGAAUUAUUUAUAAACUGCUUCAUUUCUCCAAGGUUCCACUAUGUGACUGUCUCAAGACAGUUCGUUUCUGGAAAAUUCUGAAUGCUUCUCAUUCAACUAGUUUUGCGGCAUAAAGCAAAUGAAAAAGCAGGUUCUAGGGAUGUGGUUAAUAUGAUGUGCAAAACUUUUCUAAUUGAGAUAUUAAUACACUCAUGACUUAAUGCUGUGUUGCUUCUAAAGAAGUUUCCCGACCUUUGAGACAAGGUACAUAUAUGGUGAGAGGAAAAAAAACCCUCUUCACUCACAAGAGUACUUAGUGUGAAAUCUCAGCAUGUGUAACUGAACAUGAAGUUGUACAAAUGGCAGCACGUCAUGACACAAUUGUACCUUUUGCCGUCUUUAGCAAGAACAUUUGUUCUGCCCGUCACUGACAUUGAUAAUGACAAGGAGUAAAUAAGCCAUAACAAGAUCAGUGACGUGAAAUCAGAUAUUCUGUAGCACAGGUUGGGCAUCAUGGAAGUGUGUACAGCAUCUCAUUAAACAUUCUGAAUUCUCGGAGGUGCAUCUAAAGCUUUUAAUCUGCUUUCUCCCUCAAUAACCUUUCCCACCAUAACUGCUGCCUUUUUCUUCCUAGCAUGCAUUGCAAGAUGAACAAAUGUUCACGUCAUGUCAAUGUACAUGUUAAUUAAAAAGCAUUUACCAAG